AUGAGCGGCCUCUGUCUUACUAGUGGUGGUGCUACUGCUGAUGCUGUGGAAUGCAACCGCUACGGGUCUAGUGUAGACCUCCUAGAAUCGUUACCAGAACAGUGCAACCCCCUGGGUAACGGUUUUGCCCGAUCUAAGUGUGUAAACAUUAUUCACCGUGGUAAACUGACAAAUCCGAAUACGGGAAACCCCACACCAACCACAACGGGUGCACAAAACUCACUGGAUCUCACCGUCUCCUCAUCACUAUCCCCGACCCCACGGUCGUCAGAUGCCUCCGCCGAUUCCGAUUCGGGUCACGCGCUCAAUGGGGAUAUGAAUCACUGCACAACUGUGUUGAAUGGCUGUCAAUCAAACGGGUCGAACAUCGCCAGUGCUGGUCUCCAUGAUACUGGACCCCUCCGUUCUGUCAUUGAUAAUCCGCCAGCAGCCCGUCCCUGUUUCCUGAACGGUGAACUAAAGCAAACUUCNUCCGGCCACUUCAAUUGA